AUGGCAACACCACCGGUAUGGAGACCACUGCCUCCCGCAGCUGGCCUGCCCAACCUCCUAGUCUCAACGGCCUUCUCCACCGCGGAAUACACCGUCCAUGUAACCGACUUGGCCAAUAUUUGGGUCGAAUCACUGGACCGCAGAGGCAUCUUGAUGCGCAGCCUCGCCAAUUCGACCACAAUCGAUCCCACGGAGAGCACCAGGAAUAUGCGAGCGUUCUUGUCCAAAAUCAGAUCCGUCUUUGACCCCACCCAUCCAGACCAUGAGAAGGCGACUCUGAGCUUGUCAACGGCCCCCCAGGAAGAAGCUAGGGAAGGCGGCUUGACCAUGCACAUUUCCUGCGAGUUGGACAACAUGAAGCCUUUGGUGUGGCCCAUGUACCUGCAAAAGUGUCCCCAGUCGACGCUUGCAACCGAGUUGACCAUACCAUUGACCCAGGCCAACUCCGCCAAGACGCGUCAGGUUGACUCGCUCCUCGCAAUCAUGAAGCAAAAGGACACUGUCAUAAUGAAACUUCUCGACAAGCUCGAGGCUACUGGAACCCGCCUAGAGAACGUCUUCACCGUUCUGUCGGCCAAGCAGAAGCCGACGAGGAAGAUGGCCGAGGAAAAGGUCAAAGGACUGGCACCAUUCAGCCACGAUGACUGGAAGGCUCAGCUUGACGGUGACGACGCUGACAUCGUCAACCUGAUCCGGCACGUCUUCGGUUCAAAUGGUCUCGAGUACCAACAUCAAGAUGCCUCAUUGGACCCAUCAUUGGAUGACUGGUGGACCAAGAACGAGUCGUCGACUUUCCCAAUUGUAGGGCCGAACUCCAGCCAGCAGAGGAACUCUCCCGAACCCGACGAGUCUCGACGUGACGACAAAGAGACUGGAAGAGACCCAGUUGAUGAUGAUGACUUCCAGGUUCAGUCAACACCGCCACAUCUCAUGUCCAACCGCAACCGGUCCGUUCGUGCAACAAACGUGGCAAACGAUGAUGACAGCACUGAAGAUGAGGAUACCUCGCAGAUACCAGACAGUGUACCCGUGCCUCCACAAGAACCAAAGAGACACCCUGUUCGCCUAGGAACGAUUGGGAGGAAGCAACAACCCACCCCUUCACCACCGCCCGCCCCUGAAGAUCCCAAGCCAGAUGGCUCGGAAACCGAAACAGGGUCUGAUGACGAUGCUACCGCAUCAGUGGCAGAACCCUCUUCUCCUCGUCAACCCGAGCCAGAGGACACGAAACCUACCAAGGUUGGACUCGGACGGAUCGGCGGUGUAAAACGACGUUCAAAUACCCCCGAACCUUCCAAGGAUACCGAUUCACCAAAGAAAGGGGUACUCGGUCGCAUCGGCGGGUCCGCGAAUCGCUCAAAGUCCCCCGAGCCACUGAAAAAGCCUGGGCUUGGUCGCAUCGGCGGCAGAGCUCCUGCGUCAAAGGACCCUGAGACUUCUGCUACCGAGGCAGAAGAUAGAGGUCGUGAUCGGACCGAAUCUAAGCCGCAGGCGAGGACUCGAGAAACCUCGCAGGAGAGAGCAAAUAGGAAGCGAGACGAGCUGCAGCAGGAGCUACAGCGGAAGGCCGCCGCAGGACCAGCACGGAAGAAGCGAAAGUUCUGA